UAACUGGUGAAAGUUAAAUCUUGAAAGUGAAAGUGAUUUAGGAACGGAGAGAGUAGUAUAUUUACAUUACAGACUUGUUAUUGUCUGAUAGGGGUGGGGUGUAGAGAUGGCUUCCGCUUCUGUUGGCCUGAUUUUUCUUGUCUGUAACUUUGUAGUAUUACAUCUUUCAGCUGAAGAAGAAAAGGAGCAUGUCUGUCCAUCUACCUUUCAGUGUGGAGAAUUUGGUACGUACAGUUACCCCUUCACCACAGCCUUCAACCCCCGUUGUGGGAUUUGUGUGAUCAACUGUACUGAUACUUUUCCGACGAUUGGUUUAUCAUCCACAGGACCUUGGUAUAGAAUCAAGAAUACCUUUUCGAAUAACAAGAGUUUCCUUCUCAGUGAUUACUCUCUCCAAUAUGUCGCCACUUCUAACAGAUGUCAUGUCUUUCAAGGCAGUACGUUUCACCUUCCCAAAUCUACUUCUCUCAUCUUCACAAACCUGCAUAAUAUUACACUGUGGAAGUGUCACAAGACCUUUAAUAGGAAUCACAGUGUUCCCCGUAUACUUGCUUGUCCUAAUUUCAGCAUUUAUCACAGUAAUCACUCAGAUGAUGUCACAAGUUUUCUUAGCUGUAAGCCUUUUCAGUAUCCGCUGUUUCUGAUGCUGGAAUUGUCUGACAAAUGUUCCCGCUGUGUUACUGGAGGAGGCCGUUGUCAGGAUCUCAAAAAUCACAAAUUUCAUUGCAUCAACAAGCGAAAAGAAAGGAGGAAACUCAGACUACUACUGGGAUUAGGCAUUUCAGGAGGAAUCAUUGUUGUUACAGUCCUUGGGCUGCUAUUCUGGUGUCUAAAGAAAGUGAAACUCAGAUCACUAGGAAUGGGUUCCGGGAACAUUGGUAAGCAAACUAUGAGAAUGAAAACAAACAUUGAAGGGAGCAAGGUGUAUUUUAGUGUUCCAGUCUUCUCUUACAGUGAACUCGAAGAAGCAACAAAUAAUUUUGAUCCAACUAGAGAGCUUGGAGACGGAGGCUUUGGAACUGUUUAUUACGGGAAACUAGUAGAUGGGAGGGAAGUCGCAGUAAAGCGCCUAUAUGAGAGAAACUGCAGGCAGCUUGAACUGUACAUGAAUGAGAUUGAAAUCCUUGCCUGUUUGCGUCAUCAGAAUCUGGUAACCCUUUAUGGGUGCACUUCACGUCGAAGCAGAGAACUCCUCCUUGUGUAUGAAUAUGUUUCAAAUGGUACAGUGGCUGAUCACUUGAAUGGUGAGCAAUCAAUUUGUGGAACACUCACUUGGCCUGUCCGUAUGAGGAUUGCUAUAGAAACAGCUACAGCAUUGUCUUAUCUCCAUGCCUCAGAUGUAAUACACCGGGAUGUUAAAACCCAAAACAUUCUAUUAGACACCAACUUUAGUGUUAAGGUAGCAGAUUUUGGGUUAUCAAGACUCUUCCCAAUGGAUGUUACUCAUAUAUCCACUGCUCCACAAGGUACUCCUGGAUAUCUUGAUCCUGAGUACCAUCAAUGUUACCAGUUGACUGAUAAAAGUGAUGUAUAUAGCUUUGGGGUUGUUCUUGUUGAGCUCAUUUCAUCAUUGCCAGCUGUUGAUUUAACCAGGAAAGAAGAUGAAAUCAACUUGUCAUAUUAUGCAAUGAAGAGAAUUCAGUGUUGUGCAUUUGAUGAGUUAGUUGAUAAACGCCUAGGAUUUGACUCGAAUUAUAAGGUAAAGAGGAUGACUACUUUGGUGGCGGAGCUUGCAUUUCAGUGUUUGCAACACAGAAAAGAUUUCAGGCCCUCCAUGGAUGAGGUUUUAGAAACGCUGAAGAGGAUUGAGAGUGCAGAUUAUGAAGUCCGUAAGGCAGCAGAGGAAAAGGAAGAGAACGAUGUUUGGCUAUUCAGGAAUAUGGAAAACCUACAAUCACCAAAUUCUGCCAUGUAUAAAUGGGGAAGUAGCAACUCCAUCACACCCACAGCCAGCAGAUGAGACUGCAGGAUAAACCAGAGACUCAGAGUUCAUUUUUAGUGUCUCAUUUACCUGUUUUCACUGCUAUACACGAUAAAACAGAUGCUGAUUUGUCAUAAUUAUUUUCGAAUGCAAUAGACAGGGUUUUUUGACA